CCAUUUGUCAUUUGCCAUUUCCUGUGGCAACAUCUUGUGAACGGGGGAAUCGGAAAGGAAAUUCUGUUUUCGCUGUUUCCGAAGAUUUAAAAAAACACAAAAAACCAAAAAAAAUAUAAAAACUAAAAAAACCAAAAACAAAAAAAAUUGUAAAAAGUAGCAAACAAAAAUCGAAGUGUUUAAAACUUUCUUUUUGAGUUUUUCCUUUGUGUAGAUUUUUUUUCCAAUCUUUUCUCCGUUCGCUGGAAAAGACAAAAGUUCAAAGCCUUCCCCCAAAAACUUGAGAAGUGAAGGCGCGCGUGUGUUUUGAUCGAGGCCAUCGUUCAAAUACACACAAAAUAUUUUAAAUAAGGUUGUUUUAACAGAAUAUGAACACGGCUGGUCCAAAUUAUCAAAUGGCUUCUUUAUACGUGGGUGAUUUGCAUCAAGACAUCAACGAGUCUGGACUCUUCGAUAAGUUCUCCCUUGCUGGUCCAGUAAUGUCAAUUCGAGUAUGUCGUGACAUCAUUACUCGUCGUUCAUUGGGAUAUGCUUAUGUUAAUUUCCAACAACCAGCUGAUGCUGAACGUGCUCUGGAUACAAUGAACUUUGAUUUAAUCCGUAACAAACCAAUUCGCAUUAUGUGGUCUCAACGUGACCCCUCAUUGCGUCGUUCUGGUAUCGGCAAUGUCUUCAUUAAGAACUUGGACAAGACCAUUGACAAUAAGGCCAUCUAUGAUACAUUUUCCGCUUUUGGCAAUAUCUUGAGUUGCAAAGUUGCCACCGAUGACAAAGGCGUCUCCAAGGGUUAUGGUUUUGUUCAUUUCGAGACAGAAGAGGCUGCCAAUAUUGCCAUUGAAAAAGUCAACGGCAUGUUGUUGAAUGGCAAGAAAGUCUAUGUGGGCAAAUUCAUACCACGCAAAGAGCGCGAGAAGGAGCUUGGUGAAAAGGCUAAAUUGUUCACCAACGUGUAUGUGAAGAAUUUCACCGAUGACAUUGAUGACGAGAAGCUUAAGGAAAUGUUUGAGCCUUAUGGCAAGAUAACCAGUUACAAAGUAAUGACAAAAGAUGAUGGGAAGAGUAAAUGCUUUGGCUUUGUGGCUUUUGAGACCACGGAAGCUGCUGAGGCAGCUGUCGAAGCCCUCAAUGGCAAAGAGACCAGCGAAGGCAAGAACCUCUAUGUUGCCCGUGCCCAAAAGAAGGCUGAACGCCAACAGGAACUCAAACGCAAAUUUGAGGAAUUGAAGAAGAAACGCCAAGAAUCAGUGUUUGGUGUUAAUUUGUAUGUCAAGAACUUGGAUGACACCAUUGACGAUGAACGUCUGCGCAAGGAGUUCUCUAUGUAUGGCACCAUCACUUCGGCCAAGGUUAUGACCGACGAAGAAGGACGCUCCAAGGGCUUUGGCUUCGUUUGUUUCGUGGCUCCCAAUGAAGCCACAUGCGCUGUGACCGAGUUGAAUGGUCGUGUUAUCGGCUCCAAGCCUUUGUAUGUGGCCUUGGCUCAGCGCAAGGAAGUUCGUAAGGCCCAUUUGGCCACACAAUACAUGCGUCAUAUGGGCGGCAUGCGUAUGCAGACUCUGGGACAAAUCUUCCAGCCCACCACCGCUGGCAGUUUCUUCGUUCCCACCAUGGGACCCGGACAACGCUUCUUUGGCCCUCAAGUGCCUACAACAAUGCGCAACACACCUCGCUGGGCCGGUCAAGUGCCACGCCCCGUUGCCGGAGCCCAAGGAGUGGCUCCAGCUGGCCAAGCUGCUGGUGGCUUCCAAAAUCCCGCCAUGGCAGGUGCUGGUGGUGCUCAAUAUCGUCCACCAAAUGCUGGUGCCGGAGCACGCGGCCAACAACAAGGUGUUCAAGGAGCUCAUGCUGGCGCUGGCAAUUCAAUGCGCAACAGCGGUGCCCGUGCCAUCACUGGCCAACAAACAAUUCCCGCAGCCAACAUGCCAUUGGCUGGAGCUCCUAUACCAACUGGUUCCGGACAGCAACGUGCCGCCAACUACAAAUAUAACACCAAUGUGCGCAAUCCCACUGUGCAACAAGUACCAGCUCAGCCAAAGGUUCAACAGAUGCAUCAAAAGGGUGGUCAGGACAAACUCUUAACCACUAUGUUGGCCAGUGCCACUCCCCAAGAACAAAAACAAAUUUUGGGCGAACGUUUGUAUCCCAUGAUCGAACGCAUGCAUCCCAACAUGGCCGGUAAAAUUACCGGCAUGUUGUUGGAGAUUGAAAACUCUGAGCUUUUGCACAUGAUUGAAGAUCUUGAGGCUCUUAAGGCCAAGGUUGAGGAAGCUGUGGCCGUUUUGCAAGUUCACAAUGUCCGCGACACUGUACCAACCAACUAAACAAAGGAAAAACUUUUGAGAAACCAAAAAAAGAAAAACAAUAUUUUAAAAAAGGAAAUUAAUUAAAAAGUUUAGUAGCAAAGCAAGCAAAACACUUGAAAAAAGUAACAAAAACACUUUUAUAGAAAACCCAAACAAAAAACAAAGGCUCAGCAAAGAUAAAAUAUUUUUCCUUCAAUUACACAACACCACAACUUUUUCACCUAGCAUUUUCCUACAACUUGUCCAAACAAACAUUAAAUUCUAUCUCUUUAUGUUUUCGAUUUUUACAGUUUCAUAUAUUUUUUCAAAACCCCUCGCACAAGUUGCCAAGCAUUCGUCGUUUAAAGCAACUUUUCAAGGAUUCAAAUCAUUUUUGUCAUUUUUUUUACCAUUCACCCUAUCGGAUGCUGUCCAAAUGGUCUGGCAGGGUGGCUUUCGUGGGUUAUACACGACGAGAAUUUAAUUUUUUUUUCUUCUUUUUUUUUCAAUCUACCAAAUUUUUAUUUUCACUUAAACGUUCAUGAAUAAAAUUUUAAUUUGUUAUUGGUAGUCAGUCACUACUACUUAUUUGCUGAGUUUCAAACUGUGUCCCCCUGAAAACCCCCCAAGGUAACAGAAAUAUUUUUUUCUUUUUAUCAACACUUUGAAAUUCUAAAACAAAAUAUUUAAAACGAAAAAAAAAAUGCAAAAAAAUCGAAAAAAUUAAAAACUAAAAAUUGAAAACAGUGUAAUAAUGAAAAUGCAUAAAAAUAUUGAAAAAUUCAACAACAAAUAAACCUAAAAAACAACAACAAGAACACAAGGAAAAGAUAGAAGAUGAAAACGAUUUUUUGCUACUUGAAACAAGAAAAAUUUAAAAAAUCCAAAUAUUACAAACAAACGAAGAAAAAAACUAAAAAAUCCUACAAAAAAAUCGUAAAAUGCCAUUAAAAAACACAUACAAAAAAGUAACAACCAUAAGGUUAAAAAUAUAUUAAAAAAAAAAUACAUUUUGAAAAAAAUCCAAAUAAAAAUCGCAAAAAAAUUUGCAAAAAUUAUUUAAAACCACAAAAAAACACAAACACCUUUUUGGAAGAAAAACAACAGCAAAAGAAAGAAAAAUAAUGAAAUAUAACUGCUGCUUUCAUAAUGGAGGCCUUUUUAAAAGAAAAGAGUCGUCGUCCGCCUUUGUCUACACCAUGGCAGUGUUUUCUUUUUGUUUAAAAUGUCUUUGUUUCUCCAAACAAAAAAAAACAAACAAUAUAUGAUGUUAACCACAUGAGAAUGCUUUUUCACAACAUCUUAAUAUGGCAUUUUCUUUGAGACAUAUUUUUCCAAUAUUUUUUUUAUCAUCUUGAAAAAUUGCAACAUCUUAUAGAGAAAAAAAACAAGGAAAAUAAACGAUUUGGAAUUUUAUGUUUAAACAAAACUCCCCCCAACAAACAAAAUAAAUAUCCUUCUUCAAUGAAUUACUUUUAAUUUUGAUUUUUUUUUAUAUUUUAUUUAUAUAAUAAUACACCCCAUCAUAUGUACUCUUGAAAUAUCUGAAAGAUUUAUAUGUAACAAAAAAUAAACAAAGAAAUUUGAUUGAAAAUCCACAUUGAAAGCAAAAAUAAUUUUUUUAAAUAAAACAUGUAAAAUUCCACUUCGGCAAA